CUAUGCGUUUCCCCAAAUACCAAAGGAAAAAAAAAAUUAAAAAGAACAUAUUUCCCCUCUCUCUCUCUCUCUCUCUCUCUUCGCGUUUCCCGCAGAGAAACGUGUUUGGUGGGAGAGAAAGAGGAGGUUUGACUGCCAUCGGGCUGUCAAUGCGGAAAAAUUGACAGCCCGAUUUGGGAACAGCACACGGAAACUUCCUGAUUCGGUUUGAAAGGCCGAUAUGGGUUCUCUCCCUGGGAUAAUUCAGCGGCCAUUGGUUGCAGCCGCUGCCGUUGUUGCAGCUUCUUUUUCAGCAGAUGUCUCUGGGAAGUUUUCCUCUCUUAGAUCCCUUGGUCGGGUGUCUGAAUCGCAAGAGAUUUCUGCUUCGUUUUCUGGUUCGGUGCAGAAUGAAGGGUCUUUGUGGGUUUCUCAGGUUUUGGUCUCUAAGCUUGCAAAUUUCUCGUUCGUGACUAGGAUUCCGGUUCCUAUACCGAAUGUCAGCCUUCCAGCUCCUAGUUCAAGUUGCAAUCUCGAUAUUUCUGCUACUUCUUUGUCUACUCUUCGUAGUCUCUAUCAAUCUGCGGAAUUGACAAAGGCAUCAAAACCGGCCACAUUUACAAACGGGUCCUCGACCUUGGUUCCUGAUGUUUCUUACAGAUGGCAUUUGCCGGAGCCUAAUGCAAUUGAUUUGUCUGGUUCCCCGAAGAACAGAACCGUGGUAGUUUUGCUUGGAUGGUUGGGAUCGAAGCAGAAGCAUCUGAAAAGAUAUGCAGAGCUUUACACUUCGAGGGGUUACCAUGUCAUUACCUUUACUCUCCCCAUGAAUGAAAUUCUUAGCUACCAAGUCGGAGGAAAAGCCGAAAAGAACAUAGAAUCGCUGGUUUGCCACUUAGCUGAUUGGUUGGAGGAAGAGCAGGGGAAGAAUCUUGUCUUUCACACCUUCAGCAACACUGGAUGGUUGACAUAUGGAGCCAUUCUGGAGAAGUUUCAGAAGCAGGAUCCGCCAUUGAUGGGAAGGAUUAAAGGUUGCAUUGUGGACUCUGCUCCUGUUGCUGCAGCUGAUCCUCUGGUCUUUGCAGCAGGUUUCUCGGCUGCAUUCUUGAAGAAAAACAGUAUAGCCACCAAAGGAUCCACAAGCGUGAGCGGUAUUAAGUUCUCCGAGCCUAAACCUGCUGCAACAGAGACUGUUCUUCUCUCUGUUCUCGAGAAAUUCUUCGAGGUGGUUCUGAAUCUUCCCAAAGUGAACCGGAGACUUGCCAAUGUACUGGAGGUUUUGUCAUCGGAACAGCCAAAGUGUCCACAGUUGUAUAUUUACAGCACGGCGGAUAGAGUUAUACCUGCGGGAUAUGUGGAAUCGUUCAUCAUAGAGCAGCGGAAAGCGGGCCAUGAGGUUCAAGUCUGCAACUUUAUUUCCUCACCACAUGUAGAUCAUUUCCGGAAUAACCCCGAGCUCUAUAUGGCCGAGCUUACGCAUUUCAUGGACAAUUUCGUCCUCUCUCGUCCCAGGCAUUCUUAGAAACUUUCAUAUGCAUUCCUUCUGUUGUCAUCUCAUAAUUUUUUUUUGGUUCUAACUCUAUACAGAAACUACACAGAUUGAUUGAUUUGGUGGUAUGUAGAUUACCAAAAGAGCUGAAAAAGCUCUGAGAGGAAUGUUAGUUAAACUUUCUUUCUCCUUUGUAAGAUUUGACCAUUUGUACAUUUUCUAAGAUAAAUAUUCACAUAUAUACAUACAUA